CUGCUGUUAUUGUAUUUAUUGUUGGUGCUUUCGUUGCUUCGGCCACUCGUUGGACGAUCAUCCCCAGGGUUCAGAAGAGUUCAACCAGGGCUUGUCGUCAUCGUCAUCAUUAUUAUCAUCAUCGCCAUCAGUAUCAACAUCUUAAAAGUGUCCAAAUCCGAAAAUGACUUCACCCCCUCGGCCUCACUUGUGAACUCGAAUUGCCACCACUUGUAUGUGCACAACUCCAUUCAGACAACACCACGACAAUAGUCGGCCUCAAAAACAUUUCCAUUCCUAGAAUGUGUUAGUGCUAGAUCAUCACAUGGGUUUGAUCUUUCUCUUUCUUGAUGUCGUGUUGCCUAACUUGGGGUAUUAAGAUUUCUGGCCAUCGGAAAUCCUUGAUCCUUUCAAUUAACUGCCUCCAGAAUAGAGGGCAAGUCACUCAAAUGAUCGGGCUAAUCACCAUCGUCAUCAUUACCUUCAUUGUCGUAAAAGACAUGCAAGGGUAGUAAGCAGUCCAAGCAACCAAGCAACCAACCAACCAUCCUUUCAUCCAACCAGUCAGUAAUUCAGUCAGUCAGUGACGACAUCUCCCAAGGCACAAACGGCGAAGAAAAUCACUUUCCCAAAGAGGAGAUCUUCAACCCAACCACCCACCCACCAACCAACCAGCCAACUAAGCAGUCAGGCAGUCAGCCAUCUGUCUAUCUUGUCUGUCCCUCUUCGUUGGUGUCGACUGAUUUCGCAGUCUCGUUCGUCAUCUUUGGGUUCAUCCGCGGAUCGCCCGCGCCCGCCACUCUCGCAAAUUUUAAACACUCAGCUACUACCAUCUCCCUUCUUUCCCGUCUUGAGCAACCACCUACCAGUGCUGAGCAACCUUAACUUAGAGCAAGAGCCAGAAAGGGUUAGUCACUGGCAAAGCGGAGAGAGAGAGGCAUAUCUGACAGGAAGAAUGCCACACUCUGAUUUGGCAGUCACUUCUAAUCCGAGCAGCGCUGCUUCAUCCACGGCUUCCUCCAAUGGAACCUUGGCAGCGGUCGCAGCGGCGGCAGCGGCUGCUGCUGCAGCAGCGGUGUCCACCGUAAGUGGGACUGUUCAGUGCUCAGGACCGAUUUCGGCCUCGUCUUCGACAUUAUCACAAAUCAUCAGUUUGACUUCAUCAGCUCCCAGAGGAUCUCGGGGAAGCUCUGCCGAGAGCUUGUACGAGGAACCCACCAAUAGCAGUGCUGGGACCCAAUCCGGGGAUGAGCUUUGCCCAAUGGAUCUAAGUUCUGGUGGUGCCACCGGGAUGUUGGGGGGUUCCACAGGGGUCCAUCCGUUUGCUCACCCGGCCUUACUAGCCUCCCCUUUCAUGGGACAUUUACACAGUCUGGACGAGCAAUCCAUGAUCAAUGCCAAGCGUUUGGCCGAAUUGGUCAAGGCCCAACACAUGGCUCAUAAACAGCAACGCGAGCAAAAUGAAACCACCCCACCCAGUAGUGAUCCCAUUCUUCGCUUACCCAAAAAAAGACAUUGGCCAGACCCGGACGAACAACGGGUCAAGAAAAUGGUGGCCCCGAGCGAAUAUGAAAGCUCGCCCAAGACAGAAAACGAGGACUCACAAGCCACCGAUGGCAAGAACAAGCCUCUCAUUCCUUUGGAGCUAAUUCGUGCCAAAUGGGAGAACAACGCCACGGAAAGAGCAUCCCCGGAGAGUGCAGCCAGCAGUACGCCCUCCCUAAGUGAACAACACCCGGGAAGGGAAGUGAAGAAACGCCGAUUGGAUGCCUUGCUCAACAGGAAAUUUGGGGAUUCGCCAUCUUCCUCCUCGGCCACGAGUCGAUCACCUCCAAACCCAUCGCCACAGCCGCCCUCCCCGGAGACGGCAUUCACUCCCGUGACUAGUUUGCCCAAGAAAAUCAACCGACGCAAACAAUCGAACCCCAUGACCCCGGCCACUACACCUCCAUGUUUGUCGGUCAGGCCGAUGACUGAUCUCUAUCCCAGGGGAAUAAAAGAGGAGGAGGUGUCAGCCAGGCCCAAAUCAUCAUCGUUCCCAGUUGAGCCGGUGGAUCGACGACCCACCGAAUCUCCCAAGGUCCAUCGACAGCAAGAUGUGCUCAAGAGUCAGAUCCUUCAACUACAAUUAGCUCAGGCGGCUUUGCUAAGCGGCGUUGGAUCUUCCGGAAGUAAUCCGGAUUUCAUCAAAUCCGCCCUCCUGACCUCGACCAAUCUGAUGUCCAAUCCAGCCACCGCUGCCGCUGCGGCCUCGGCUAAUCCCUUGCUCUACUACGGGUACUACGCACAGAUGUUCCAAGGACUUCAAGCUCAACAAAACAAACUCGUGGAACAACUGAUGACCAAUUCGAAGACCCCUGGUUCCGGCCAUCAUUCGCCCCUUUUAGGUCCUAAACUUGAGGCCACACACAAACCCAGUCGAGAUCAGCCGAGUCCGAAGGAAUCCAGAUCAGAGUUCGAUCGAUUCUCCUACUCCGGUCUCCGAGGUCCAUUAAGCCCCCUGAGUAAUUUCCGCAACAACCAGUCCAGUCCACAUUCCCAUUCUCAUAUGUUGUUCCCAGGUGGCGCUGGUGGUUCAGCGGUCAGUCCUCUUUCACCUUCGUCGGGCGUUCUCCAAGGGCGCUCCUCCUCGCCCCUCAGCCCUUCUGACGAGCCUCGAAGGCGUGCUCCACGGGCCCUAACUGGACGCCACGUCCGCUCUGGAACGGGAGCCUCACCUCGAACCCUUGAAAUACUCCGAAAGAAGAUCUUGGAGCGCAUGAAAUUAAAAGAGCUCUUGGGAGAGAAUAGCCACCUAUAUUUCGGAGCCUUAAAUAAGCGUGGCAAAAACGGAGGGCCGAAAAAGCCUCAACAUCGGCUUGCCCCUCAUCAUCAACAACUAACGGCAGCUGCGGCUGCGGCCAUGGUAGCACUCAAUGGAAAACAUCACUAAAGACAAGUGUAUUCGUCUCCUUGAUGGCCCCAUUGUCAGGGGUUCCUUCACUACAUUAGAUGAAAUAAUUGUCAGGAGCAGAAUUUGUUGCCAAAUAUUGUUGUUAUACCCAUGGGGACAAGGAAAAUGUUCCGCCGAUUUGCCUACAGACUAGAACCCCCUUUCAUCUCACGCACAAAUACGUAAAACCACUAUUGGAAUAUACCUAACAUUCAUGGAGAGAACUGAAGAGUGAGAAAGAUGUUCAACGAAGGUCUAAAUGUUCACCCCUAAUUGUUGGGGAAAUGCUUAUAAAGAGGGUAGGUUUGAGUAAUGAAAACACACAGACCCUGCCUUCUUUUGUGUCCGUUAGAUUGAUUUCUUUGUGAUUGUGUACAUAAAUAACAUUUAUUCUGUUCCUAUUUAUUAGACUUACCCCAUUCUUCUCGACAAUCUCCUGUCUUCUAUCCAGUUAUUUAAAUAUUCUUGGUUGUGAUAUCAGCAACGACAAUUUUGAUCAGUAAUGCCAUUCCAACAUAUUCCAAGCCGUUACGUGCAUUGGGUCGAUAAAACUGUCCCUAAAUAUACUGCCAAAAAUC